AUGUUGGUUACGGGGUGGUUACCUGCUUAUGUUAAAAUUUCCCCUCAACUUGAUAGGUUGGUGGCGAAACCCUUUUACAACCAAAAAAGUACAAAUCGUAGCUUGAAAUGUUCACCACAACCACAACUGCAAUUGGGAUCCAAUCCCUUCCAACCCAAAAAUUUGAAGAGAUGCUAUUGCAAAACAAAAGACCAAGACACGCCAUUUGCAUCUGAUAGUCCAUGGGAGAGUGGGGAUAUAUGGACCAAUCUUGCUCUCUAUCUAUUCACUCUUCAUAUUCCUCUCAGUUUUGGAGGCUUAUCCGUUGUUUCACUCCUCACAGGACAACAACCUCUUCUUCACCCACAAACUCAGGCCAUAUCACUUGUUACCAUUCAAGUUCUUGAGUUUAAUGCAGCUCUGAUUUUAUUCAAGUACACAGCUAAGCCACAAUAUAGAUAUUCAAAUUUCUUCAAAAAUAAUGACAGGAACUGGUUUUUAUCAUCAGCUCUGGUAUUAGGGUUUCUUGUUCUUCUCAUUUGUCUUACAUCACUACUUGGUGACAUAUUAUUUGACUUUAAGCCUCUCAGCAACCCCUCACUGAAGGAGAUCCUCCUGGAUAGUGAUAUCUCAAGAGUUUGUUGUGUUGUUGCUUAUUGCAUUGUUACUCCUCUUUUGGAAGAAGUUGUUUAUAGAGGAUUUCUGCUAACAUCACUUUCGUCAACCAUGAAGUGGCAACAAGCUGUAGCCAUAAGCUCUGUUAUAUUCAGUGCAAUUCACUUCUCUGUUGAAAACUUCGUACAAUUGUUCAUCAUUGGGUGUGCCCUUGGAUGCUCCUAUUGCUGGACUCGAAAUUUGAACUCUUCCAUUGCUAUUCAUUCUUUGUACAAUGCUUUGACCUUACUAAUAACUUAUUUUUAUUAA